ACCAAUUUCUAGCGUAUUUGGCUCUCAAGUCCGUUGAAGAUCAUGAUGAAAAAUUCAAAGCUUUCAUGUGUUUCGGCGGUACUGAUGUUAGGAAAAUCGCCCAAACCGCUAAAUUUGGAAAAUCACAUUUGUUGGAUAAUUCAUUUCGCGCGGCGAUGGAAGUGUUGGAUGAGUAUUAUUCACCCAGGAUGUCUCUACGGUACGAAAGAUUUCGAUUCCGUCAAAUGAUAUUCAAUCCUCACGAGAAGUUGGAUCAUUUUGUAAUUCGUUUACGAUCGCAAGCGGCAUUAUGCAAGUUUGAAGAUCAGUUGGAUGAGAUGAUAAUGGAUCAAAUCGUUUUUGCUACCGAAAGCGAUGAUAAAUUACGUGCAAAAUACUUGGAGUAUGAUAGAUCUUUAGAUGACAUGCUGAAGGUUGGCCGUACAUACGAAUCGGUCAAAGUUCAGGUUCAAGAAUUACGUAACAAAUCUUCAACUGAUUCUGUAGAUGUUUCUGUAUGCGAAAUCACGAACAAAAAGUUUAAGUGCAAUCGAUGUUCAGGAAAUCAUUCAGGCAACGAUUCCAAAUGUCCUGCCCGUACUGAAACAUGUCGUCUAUGUGGGAAAUUUGGACAUUUUGCAAGAUGCUGUAUGUCGAACAAAAAGAACUCCCUGAAUGUGAAUCGGAAGCACAAGUCUGAUGUUCAUCCAUUCAAAACUCAAAAUCUACAUUCACCACUCAGGAAACAGAAGUUUAUUCGAGAAGUAGAUGAUGUCACAGAAAAGAUUGAAAUUCGUGAAUUAUUCCAUCUUGGUGGAAAACGGUUCGUUGCUAUCGAUGUUGGAGGAGUGGAGAUAAAGUUCAUUGUGGACACGGGAGCAGAUGAGGAUGUGCUGAGCAUUGAAGAUUGGAAAAGGCUGAAACAAAUUGGAUUCAAUGGAUUCGACGUUCGGAAGGGAAGCAAUAAGAUUUUCAAAGCGUAUGGCAGUAACAAACCGUUGACUGUUCUUGGAGAAAUCGAUGUUAAAGUCAAGUAUGGUGGACAUUGUUGUAAUACCACGUUAUUCGUUAUUCAAGGCGGCAAAUGUUCGUUGCUGUCUGGUAAAUCAUCUGAGAAACUAGGAAUAGUUCAGUUUCUACAUGCAGUUUCGCAAACUUCUUUUCCCGCUAUUAAAGGUAAUUAAUA